GAGAAAUGAGAAACAUUUGCAGAGCGGCAAAUGGCUGAACACACUCCCAGUGUGUUCUAGAAUUUUCCCCUCAUUCCAAAGCGAGAUGGGAUUUCAGAGAGCUUGCCUGUAACGGCAUUGAGUAAUAGAGCAGCCAACUUAAGGAUCUUCUCUCAUCAGAAUGUCUGAAUGUAAUCUUGAGCCUGAAGAAGGUUUUAUGCGCCAGUCACGGGUUACCAAAGGGAACAGCUUAAGCACAAUGGACACAAAGCUGAACCUUCUCAAUGAAAAAGUUGACAAAUUGUUGAACGUCCAGGAAGACUUGACAGAAAAGCUUCAGAUAGUGAACCAAGGAAUCGACAAUCUGGGGAAAGGUCUCCAGAAGCUAAGCAUGUCACAGAUGUCUGCCGAACAGAUUGGAGGCGUAAAACGAGGACUGAAAUCUGUGGAUGGUGCUCAUCAGUUGGAUACCCAGAGUGUUUGCUCGGAGAUCUUAAGGCUGAUGAAAGCUACACAUCAGGAUACCUCGAAGUACAGGGAGAGACUGGAAAAGAUGGAGAAAAUGGUAGACUCAGUGGAUAAGGUUGUGAAAUGUUUGGGAGAAACAUUCAAAAACUCUAAAAUGGUGGAUUUUAUUCUGAAGGGUGGGGUUGCUUGGCGGAAAGGGAGUCCCAUUGAAAUACUAGAAGAGACUAAAGAUAAGCCAGAAGAGAAAGGUGCAAAAGGAAAGCAUGCACCUGCCAGCAAAGGAAUCCAGGCAGAAGGCAAGACUUCCUUGCAAGAAAACAACCAGGGGAAAAUGUCAGAUGACCACAAAGGAGUGUGUGAAAAGGUGAACUUGGCUGGGACAGGCCUUUCCAAAGCUGACUCCGGCUCACCUGGGAAGGAGAAGAUGGCCCAGUGUGCAGUGUCAGAAAUGCACAGACAAGCAACGGACCCCAAGGACUGCCCCAAGCUGAGAGAUGCGGCUGGUGUCAGCCCCACAGUCCAGAACCAUGGCCUUUUCCUGAGUGGAGGCAAUCCAGUGGGAAGCCAGAAUAUGGACAAAAGCCCUGGCCUGGGCGAACUUCCUAAGGCAUCCUUCAAUCCCAAGCGAAAGGGAAGUGAAAAAACCAUUCUCCGACACGGCGAAGUGGCACCCCCCAUCCCUAAGUCUGGCGGUGAAGUGAUACGGACAAGGCUUUUGAUCAACGUGCAGAUGAGUGACGCUCAAGAGAAGACUCCAAAGAGCAGAGAAGGAAGUGCCGGUGGUGGACACGGAGGCAGAAGCGUGGGAUCGCUGCCUUCUCUCCUUCCUCCUUGGGCAGAAGGAGCAAAACAGCUACCAGAGCCUUCUCAAGCAAAGCAGCCCUCCAAAGGUAGCAGGACUGAAUCCGCCCAAGACACCAAGGGGCUGAGGUCACCUAAUAGGCAAGGAGAGCAGAAGUCCAAGAUCGUGGGUCCAGCACCAUCAGCCGCACCACCAGGACAGUCAGAAGAGAAAGGGGAGAGCAAAAGCAAGGGUGCUUUGUGCUUGGGUUCUGUUGCGAAGGACGCCGGGAGAGACCCAGCAAGCUUGGCAAAAAGCCCCAAGGAAACAACAAAGACAACAGCAAAAGACUGUAUGAAAGACGUCAGAUCAGAGGUCAAGGAGUCAAGAAGUGCACCCUUAAGGAGGCAAGAGAGCAGAUCCAGUCCAGGGGCAGGGAAACCGGCAGAAAAUGCUGCAGAGCCAGGAGCUGGCAAAGCAGAGGACUUGGUUAUUGAUGACAGCCCUCCUCCUCCAGCUCCUUUUGAACAUCGCAUUGUGAGCAUCAAGCAGACGGAGUUGACAGACUGUUAUUUGGUGUGCCAUCAUGAAGUUUUGGGAGGGGGGCGUUUUGGUCAAGUUCACAAGUGCACGGAAAAGUCAACCGGACUCUGUCUUGCAGCCAAGAUCAUCAAAGUGAAAGUGGCGAAAGAAAGGGAAGAAGUGAAGAACGAGAUCAACAUCAUGAAUCAGCUAAACCACGUCAACUUGAUCCAGCUUUACGAUGCUUUUGAGAGCAAGAACAAUAUCACUUUGAUCAUGGAAUACGUUGAUGGCGGCGAACUGUUCGACCGGAUCAUAGAUGAAAACUACAAUCUUACUGAACUGGAUGCUAUCCUUUUCACCAAGCAAAUAUGUGAAGGAAUCCACUACCUGCAUCAACAGUACAUUCUUCAUCUUGACCUGAAGCCUGAAAAUAUACUCUGUGUGAAUCACACAGGAAACCAGAUUAAAAUCAUUGAUUUUGGAUUAGCAAGGAGGUACAAGCCUCGUGAGAAGCUGAAAGUUAAUUUUGGCACGCCAGAAUUCUUGGCUCCCGAAGUGGUGAACUAUGAUUUUGUGUCGUUCCCGACGGACAUGUGGAGUGUAGGCGUCAUAGCUUACAUGCUGGUCAGCGGCCUGUCACCCUUCCUUGGGGAAACCGACACGGAGACCAUGAACUAUAUCGUGAACUGCAGCUGGGAUUUUGAUGCGGAAGCAUUCGAGCAAGUGUCAGAAGAAGCCAAAGACUUUGUUUCCAGGCUCCUCAUAAAGGAAAAAAGUGGCCGAAUAAGUGCAGCCAACUGUCUUAAGCAUGAGUGGCUGACGGACUUGCCGGCCAAAGCCAAGAGAUCCAAGGCCCGCUUGAAGUCUCAGCUGCUCCUACGGCGUUACAUGGCUCAACGGAAAUGGAAGAAACAUUUCUAUGCCGUGGCGGCCGCCAACCGGUUGAGAAGGUUCCCGAGCAUGACCUAGAAUCCUGCAUAACCUCCAUGAAAGAGGAGUGAGACGCAAAAGACCGGAUGGUUGUGGCAGCCUGCGCCCCAAUUUGGCAGUGUCAUUUCUCCUCUUCUGCUCCAUAGCUCACAAGUGUGCAUGUUUCUGCCUUCAAGCCUGAUAGAAUGGGGCUUCCUGUAAGCAGGACGUCAGUUGUGUUGUUACACAAGUUAUCGCAUGAAGCGGGGUGAGAGGGGGUAGUAAAAGGAUUUGCCCUGAAACGUUCAUUUCUCCGAUUAUAUGCUAGUGGUUAGCAAUCACC